UUCGUUCCGCUAUGGCCAAUGAGGCGGUUGUUAACAGAUAAGCGACCAUAUCUAUUAAAAGAAAGAAUAUAUUUCAUGAAUGUAAAUUAGGUUAUCAGAGCUGUAUAAACCAGAAAAGAACUACACUAUCUACUUCCCGGGGACUGCAUUCGUGUCACCUCGGAGACUACAGUUUGCUUGUGGCUAACGGCGAAGCUCACCAACCGACAAUAAAGUGCUGCCAGGUAGGAGAUAGGUUAGUGGGUAACCUUCACCUAUGUACCGAGAUCUUUCCGUAGCUGUGUUCUCUUCUCGUGUCGGCUGUUUAAAAUGGGAGUAGUUUUGAGGAACCUCCAGAAGGUGGUGCCUCUUCGGCGCGCCAGGCUGCGCAGGGACGUGGUCACGCUGAGACACAUACUGGGCAUCCAGAAGUUCGACCUGGGUAUCAUCUGCGUGGACAACCAGAAGAUGCAGCAGAUCAAUCACAUCUACAGGAAGAAGAACACACCCACGGAUGUCCUGUCUUUCCCAUUCUACGAGGACCUGAGGCCCGGGAAGUUGCCCUGCCCCCUUCACAGAGACGAGCUGAACCUUGGAGAUAUCUUCCUUGGGGUGGAGUUUGUGAUGAAGCAGUGUCAGGAGGAAUCCCUGGAUCUGCACGGAGCGCUGACUGUUGUCACUGCGCACGGGAUCUGCCACCUGCUGGGCUACAGGCACGAGACAGAGGAAGAAUGGACUGAGAUGCAGCAGAGAGAAAACUACAUCCUGAGCGAGUACAGCAGACUCACAGGCCGACACCUAGACCCCCUGAUGAAGAGGUGCAGUCAGGACAGGUGACCCUGACUGCUGCCUGCAGGCCUGAGAUUAAAUAUUGCACUAUGUGAUGGUGGAAACUGCUUCUAUACUGUUGUGGUUCUUAUAUUUAUUUGAAGACACCCACUACAGUCUGUAUUAUAAAAUGACUUGUCACUAAACAGUCUGACCUCCUGAAAAAACACUUGAUGUGAGCUCUGCUGAAGAGUUUCAAACACCAAAAAACGUCUGUUCUUUCAUUGGAAUAUUUUAUUAAAAUCUGCUUUAGGAAGA